AUGCCUCGUGAAGUCGGCGACAUCAAGAAGUUCAUCGAGAUCUGCCGGAGGAAGGACGCUUCCUCUGCCCGGAUCAAGAAGAACAAGAAGUCCCAGCAGAUCAAGUUCAAGGUCCGAUGCCAGACUCACCUCUACACCCUGGUCCUGAAGGACUCUGAGAAGGCCGAGAAGCUCAAGCAGUCUCUCCCCCCGAACCUGACCAUCACCGACGUCAGCAAGAAGGAGAAGAAGAAGUCCUCAUAA